AUGGAAACUAUCUGCAAAUGCAGUGAAUGUGGGAAGGUAUUUAAUAAGAAACAUCUCCUGGCUGGACAUGAAAAGAUCCACUUUGGAGUGAAGUCCUAUGAGUGUAGAGAAUGUGGGAAGACCUUCAUAAAGAGUACUCUCCUCCAGCACCAGAUGAUCCACACAGGAGAGAGGCCCUACGAGUGCCUGGAACGUGGGAAGACCUUCAACUGCAAGUCAUACCUCACCCAGCACCAGCGGGUCCACAGUGCAGAGAGGCCUUACCGGUGUAGCAAAUGUGGGAAAUCUUUCACCCACCACUCCAAUUUUGUCCUUCAUAGCAGGAGACAUACUGGAAAGAAAUCUUCUGUGUAUACCGAAUGUGGAAAGUCUUUUGACACCCGGGAAGGUUUCCUUAGAUACUUCAUCAUCCAUGGUAGGGAGAAUCCCUAUGAGUGCUUUGUGUGUGGACAGGUCUUCAAACACAGGUCAUACCUCCUGUGGCACCAGCAGACAUACACAGGAGAGAAGCCCUAUGAGUGCAGUGAGUGUGGGAAAGUCUUCCUUCAGAGUGCGGCCCUGAUCCAGCACUAUGUGCUCUUCACUGAGGAGAAGCCCUUUGAGUGCCUCAAGUGUGGCAAAGCCUUCAACCACUGGUCAUACCUCAAGAGGCACCAACGCAUUCACACCGGGGAGAAGCCUUAUGUAUGCAGUGAGUGUGGCAAAACCUUCACCCACUGUUCUAAGUGUAUCUUGCUUAAAAGGGCCCACAGUGGAGAGAAACCCUUUGAGUGCAAAGAGUCUGGGAAAGCCUUCGGCAGCAGAGCUGACCUCAUCUGCCACUUCAGCAUCCACACCAGAGAGAAGCGCUAUGAAUAUGUGCAGUGUGGGAAGGCCUUCAACCAUAGGUCAGGACUCACAAGACACCAGCGGAUUCACACCGGUGAGAAGCCCUAUGAACGUGUAGACUGUAGAAAGACCUUCUGCUGGAGCACGAAUCUCAUUCGCCACACCAUCAUCCACAUUGGGGAAAAGCUGUUUAAGUGCGGUGAAUGUGGGAAGGCCUUCAGCCGCAGCCUCUCCCUCCCUCAGCAUCAAAGACUGCACAGCAACAGAAGCCCUCCAUAUGUGGCCGAGGAGGGAAGACCACUCACAACCACACAUGCCCCAGGUAUUCUCCAUGAACUCCCUCUGGGGAAAGAUUUCUUGAAUGUAACCAGUGAGGGAAAACUUUCGUCCCAAGAAAUGUCUUCUUCAGGAUCUGGUCAUCUAUACCAAAGAGAAGCUCUACAAGUGUCUUGA